UAACCCCCUCAUUCCCUACUCUGCUUCCGCUGAAAACAAACGCAACCCCAAGCAUCCAGCCAGCGAGCGAGACAGAGUUAAGGAAGAACAAAAUGGCGGCAACUGUGUCUCCGUGGGCCAAACCCGGCGCCUGGGCUCUAGAUUCUGAGGAACAGGACGCCGAGCUCCAGCAACAGCAACAGAACCACGACCAACCAAUCUCCGGGAUUCCAACCGAGCCGCUUCCGGACUUUCCGUCCCUUUCCGCCGCGGCCGCCACCAAGCCCAAGAAGAAGAAGGGCCAGACCCUCUCCCACGCCGACUUUAUCUCCAUGCCCACUCGGACGAGCCAUCCAUUGCAACAACCCCAGGGACUCACCCCCGAGGAGUUCCUGGCUCUCCCAAGUGGCCCCCGCCAGCGCUCAGCUGAGGAGCUUGAACAAGACCGCCACCGGCUGGGCGGCGGCUUUAGGUCCUACGGCUCUAACAAUAACGGUCGCUACUCCAGUGGCGACGAUUCCAAUUCUCGGUGGGGGUCUUCUAGGGUUUCCGAUGAGCCCCGCAGAAACGGCUCAUUUAAUAGGGACAGGGACAGGGAUAGUGACAGGGACUCGGCACCUUCUCGGGCCGACGAGAUCGAUAAUUGGGCCGCCGCGAAGAAACCGACGGUCGGAAACAACGGUUUUGAUAGGAGAGAAAAAGGAGGAGGAAGUGUGCUUUUCAACUCGCAAUCUCGAGCGGAUGAUUCCGACAAUUGGGGAUCGAACAAGGCCUUUGUGCCAUCAAUGGAAGGACGGAGAUCUAGCGGUGAGAGAAGGGUGGGGUUCGCUUCGAAUGGUGCUGCCGAUUCGGAUAAUUGGGCGAGGAGCAAGAAGGAGUUGAGUACUGGAGCAGGUGGUGUGACUGAAAGGCCGAGGCUUAAUUUGCAACCGAGGACUCUGCCUGUGAGCAAUGGGGAGAAGCAGGAGGGGGCGGGGAUGGUUUCGAAGCCGUCAAGGGCUUCAAAUCCAUUUGGGGAGGCAAGGCCAAGAGAGGAUGUUCUGGCAGAGAAAGGGAAGAACUGGAAGACGAUUGACGAGCAGCUAGAAACCACGAAGAAGGAGGUGGUAGAGAAGGCGGAGAGGCCUUCUUCAUUCGGAAAGAGAGGUUUUGGGCUUGGGAAUGGCCGCUUGGCAGUGGAGGAGGAUAAUCGGACUUGGAGGAAGCCAGAAUCGGUUGAAAGUAGCCAUCCUCAGAGUGAUGAGACAAUUGAGGAUGGUUCUGGCGAAGAAAAAUUAGGAGAGGUGACGAUCAAUGGUUAGGUUUGAAAAGGAGGCAGAAAGUGGUAGAGGCUCUUGGUUAAUGAGAAGUUUGUUGUUUCUUAGGGUUUUUAUUCUAUUUUACUAAUUUGUUUUUUGUUUUUGGCCGUGAAUGUUAUUACUGUCGAACAGUCGGAAGACAAUUUUGGUAGGGGAUUAAAGGUAGUAUUUUACUUUUUAUCUUCA